AUGGUAUCCUCGCCUCAGCAUACCCGCCAACAAUCGCCCUUUAGGAUCCUGGAUAUUCCAGAACUCCUUGACCACAUCUUUGCCCACAUCGACGAGACUACCAUCCGCAGGACAGUCAUCCGCGUCUGUCGCCAAUGGCUCUCCAUGAACAGGGACCGGAUCGUCCGUGAGGUGCUCUGGGACAGCGGGCUGCCACUCGAGGUUCUCAAACACAAGAUGCGCACUCGGAUCCCAAGAGCGACUCACCUCUAUUACUUCUUCCGUAGGACCGGCCUUCAACGCGGUGAGAAGGUAGAUUGGCUCCUGGAUGUCUUGAAACAGACGCAUGACGAGCAUCAAGAGCACCAGCAACGGUUGGUACAGGGUCCGCCUGAAAACAAUAUUUCAAAGACCAAGAACGGUGCUCCUCCAGGAAAAGGAAUCUCGGCCAUCGAUAUUACUCAGGACUUGGCACCGCGACCACUACGAGAAAUGACACUCCAGGAAUAUGUUGAGAUCGGCAUGGGAGUCCCAAGAUUCCUCCCUUACAUGGCGUCGCUGACCCGUCUAACCAUCCACCAAGUGUGGGACAGCGGAUUUCGCAUGUCCCAACUCCUCGAGACCUGUACCCAGCUGGAGCAUCUCUAUAUCGAAUCACUCUGGACCAUCAACUUGCUCGGACCCUGGCUGCCACAAAGGGUUUCUGCCAUUGGAAGUCUAUCUCCGCCGCCGCCUUUCCCUCUCAAGUCGCUCAAACUCAUCCAUGUCCAGCUGCCCCAACCGUGUCUGGAGAAGUUCCUGGCCUCGACUCCUUACCUCCAAGAACUCAAGAUUGUGCUGAGAGAUCACGUUGUGACAGACGACAACGACCUCACCAGGCUGUGCCAACACUUGCAGUUGCUUCCAGCAUUGAAACUGCGGUCGUUUCAUUUCUCGAUCGAAGCUGGACCUCAAUUGACGUACGAUGACUAUGCGAGGAUGAUGGAUGUCUGCCCACAGUCGACAGAAUGGACCGUUCAAGGCUCAGAUUUGUCCUUUGACACGUCACGCCUUCUCCUCAAACCUUUCAACAACAGAAGCGACGCCAACAGAAUCACAGCGCUGGAGGUGCUUGGACACUCCAUAUACCUACACGACUUGCUCUGUCAGCUACCACACCUCCUCUCGGUUAAGGCUGUCGCUUCCAACAUUCCAUAUGAGAACUUGGACGUUUAUUCAUCCUUCCGUCGAAUGGCCCCGACUCUCCAGCCGGCUAGCGCUCAACCUCGGCCAUCUUCGACCUAUGACCCUUUUCGCGGCGACUCGAUCCGAGUAUGGGCCUGUCGAGGACUCCAAACAUGCCACCUCUCCUUUUCCGAGGGGGGCCAAGACCAGCGUGCGAGUCGUAUUGUCUAUGGUUACCUUUCUCAAGUGUGUCCCCGUCUCCGCGACCUUAAGAUUUGUUUCCCGAGUGUGUUUCUGGAGCAUAGAAGCGCACUGGGCCCGGGCGCUAAGGCUUCAUUUUUCCUGAACCUAGAGAGUGGGUUUUGUUUGCUGGCGCGGUUGAAGGAUCUGGAGAGACUCUGGAUCGACCAAGUAGAUUUGAAUGGUUUGCUGCUCGAGAGCUGUGCUAUUGACUGGAUGGCUUAUUCCUCGUCGUCGUCUUCACCUUCGUCGGCAUCUGGCUCCUCUUUCACUUCUUCCUCCUCUGUGAGCGCUGCGCCGAACCAGCUAUCAUCAUGGUCGCACCGAAAGUGGAGCAAACGGAAACGACAGGCCAUCACAGCGAAGUGGCAAGCAGACAUUGACAGAGACCGAUCCAGGAUCGCCAAUAACGUCGCACGGUUUGAAGGCAUGAGUCCUGAAGAGAUCCGACAGAAGCACGAUGCCGAUUUGGGUGUGAUGCUCCAAUUGAGCAGUUGUGGGAUGUUGACUGACGUCAAGUCUGUGAUUGACAAUAUUAUCGAUCGUGAUUCCGAGUGGCCCCAGGAGCAACAGAAGUCGUCGUUCUGGACAAGACUUGACCGGGUGGCGAUCUAUCGGACAUGUGGGUUUGGCGCGAGUCCCGAGGUGGAGGUUGCGCGACUGAUGGCCGCCGGUGCCCAUGCGAAGAAGAAGGCCGAGGGUCUGGUUCCCAGGAAGGAUGGCCAGUGGUCCUGGAGGAAGCUGAUAGGCCAUUGA